AUGGACACCUCUCAAGUCAACAAAUCCCCGAUUGACGACGUCCAAAUUGUGGAAAAGGAGCCUGACGAUGGAGGGAUUGCCUCCCGGUACCGAGGCACUGCAGCCGACAAGAGAGACAUGAUGGUCUUAGGAAAGACACAGGUCCUUCGCCGCAACUUCAAGUUCAUAACAAUGUUGGGAUUCGCGAGUACUGUUACGGCAAGCUGGGAGUUUCUGCUACCACUCUUCGUCUUCGUUUUGAUCGAUGGUGGUACAGCUGAUCUGUUCUGGGGGUUUAUCGUUGUUGCAAUUGGGAUUUCACUUGUCUACGCAAGUCUUGCAGAGAUAGCGUCCAUGUGUCCAACUGCUGGAGGGCAAUACCAUUGGGUUUCGGAGUUUGCGCCUCCCAAGAUGCAGAAGCUUCUGAGCUACACUGUUGGUUGGCUUUGUGCAAUAGGAUGGCAGGUUUACCUUGCUGGUGAUUGCUUCAUGGUUGGCACCAUCAUCCAAGGAUUGAGAGCUCUGAAUGUAGCCGACUACGAGUGGAAAAACUGGCACGGCACCCUCCUGACGAUUGCCGUCGUUGCUUUCUCCAUCGUAUUUAACACGUUCUUGGCUACGCGGCUUCCACUUAUCGAGGGUACCGUCUUGAUCCUCCAUCUAGCGGGCUUCUUCGGCAUCAUUAUCCCUCUAUGGGUUAUGGCUCCUCGCGCUCACCCGCACAUCUUGCUCGAAUUUAGCAACAAUGGAGGUUGGUCAACCACAGGCGUGUCGGCAAUGAUUGGUUUGACCACACCAUUGAGUGUGCUCAUUGGAUACGAUUGCUCGGUUCACAUGUCCGAGGAGAUCCAGGACGCCUCGCUCACUCUUCCAAGGGCAAUAAUGUGGUCUGUGGUCUCCAACGCCGUUCUGUCAUUCAUUAUGGCAGUUACCUUGAUCUUUACCCUGGGCGACAUCCAGAGUGUCCUAGAGACACCGACAUUUCAGCCUUUCAUCCAAGUUUUCUUCAAUGCUACUCAAAGCUAUGCCGGAACGAACGUGAUGACGACAAUUGUCAUUAUAUUACUGGUAUCUUGCUGCAUUAGCGAAGUAGCAACGGCAUCGAGGCAAAUUUGGUCUUUUGCUCGAGACAAAGGUUUGCCUGGCUCGAAUUGGCUAUCACGGGUAACUCCUGGAUGGAAUGUUCCCGUUCGAGCGGUCUUUGUUUCGGUCGUAGUCAGCUCUUUGCUUGCUUGCAUCAAUCUCGGCUCUUCGACUGCCUUGAAUGCCAUCAACUCUCUCGGUGGUGUCUCAAUUCUCUCUUCGUACUUCAUCACAAUCAGCUGCCUGGUCUGGAGGCGGGUUUCAGGGAAACCUCUACCACCACGACGAUGGUCACUGGGGAGGGUUGGCUUGGCAAUCAACAUUGCGUCGCUUUUAUUCCUGGCACCCGUUUGGUUCUUUGCUUUUUGGCCGCUUGCGACGCCCGUAACAUCCGGAACUAUGAAUUGGUCUUCUACGAUGUUUGGUGGGACCAUUCUGUUCGCACUUGUCUAUUACGCUUUCUGGGCUCGACAUCAGUACGUUGGACCUGUACUCCAAGUAAAGCGAGACGAGUAA